AUGGAAAAUAAUGAAACGUCAAUUAAAUUUUCAAAAGAUAAACACAAUAUUCAAACAUCUUCUUCAACAUAUUAUUCUCCUACUUUUUCAGAUUUGGCAUAUGUUGACUUACCGUCAUUAUCACCAAAAGAAGAGUUUGAUAUUAAAGAUGUUGUAUAUCAUGAUGAUACGGUAAAUAAAAAAAAAUCAUCAACAUAUAAUUAUGUACCUCCACCAUUACCAGAAGGUUCAAGACUUUUUGAAAUUUAUACAAUUCAUCAAAACCAGUCACCAUAUUACUCAACUUCCUCAUCUACAACAAAAACUAUCAUGGAGAAUGACUCAUCCUUAACUUCACCUUCCGAUUCUAGAAAAGGUAGGACAAGUUUUAAUGUUCCAUCUAUACAACAAAGACAAAGUAUGAGUUUAACAAUAGAUCCAAAUAGAAAAUCAUCAUUUAGUGAAAAACAAGAAAUGAGAAAAGAAGAAAUUGUUAAUGAAUUAUUAAAUUUAAUUGAUAGAUUAAUAAAUUCACGACGUCUUUAUCUUACAUUUCUUGAUCUUUUUAUUUCUAUAUAUGCAAUAGUAUCAUCUUUAAUAUUUAUGAAUUCAACACCUAUUAUUAAAGAAGAAAUUCAUUAUAUGUAUACACUUCUUCUUAUUUAUGGAUGGGGAAAAUUUCUUGUAUCAUUAACAUAUAUUUUUUCAUAUCUUCAAACUAAAACAAGAAUAACAUCCUCAAUUGGUGGUGGUUUUCAAAUUAUUGUUGGUGUUUUAACAAUUUUUUUUUAUAUUCUUAUAACACUUUUUACUUUAAUUAUUGGAGUAAUAGGUUUUUAUAAAUGUUUAUUUUUAAAUAAUUUAAUUGAAUAUAAAAAUGAGAAUGAUCAAUAUUAUACAACACCAAAUGCUUACAGAACAACAUUAUGUAUAUUUACAUUACAAAUAUGUUCAGUUGUUGUAAAAUGUUGUUGUUGUAAAAAUGAAAAGAAAAGAAAAAAUAAUAAUGGAAAUAAUAAGAAAGAUAUUAAUGAAAUUAAUGAAGAUCCAUAA